GCAUUCACCCUAUGACUAAUCAUGUUGAGCCUCUUUUCACAGACUUAAUGGCCAUUCUACAGCAGCCUUUUGAGCUAGGUUGUAAUCUCCAUCUGAUAGUGGAGGAAACAGAUUCAGAGAGUUGAAGAGACUUGCUUAACGCAAGGGGGUGGUGGGGCUGUGCCUGGGACUUGGGUGUGUCUGUCUCUGAAGCACCGCAGAACCAAAUUAACGGUAGAAACAAGUCCAGUCUGAGCGGCAGGAGACCUGGUCGCUGGUGCGUUCACCUUGGACAAGUCUUUUCCCGGUUCCGGGUGUCACUUUCUCCUCCGUGCCACUUGGGGCGAUAUACUUCACACAUCGCUGGCCUCUCUAGGAACCAGAAUCUCUAAGAUCAAUCGUUCUAGUGCGGCGUUUGCCCCGCCCCUUCAGCCCCAGUUGCCAGCGACGCCGGAAGUGCUCGGCUUUUUUUGUUUGCACCCGCCUCCGGCCCGGAACUGUUUUCUGGGGAAGAUGGCGGCUGUGUCGGUGUAUGCUCCACCAGUUGGAGGCUUCUCUUUUGAUAACUGCCGCAGGAAUGCCGUCUUGGAAGCCGAUUUUGCAAAGAGGGGAUACAAGCUUCCAAAGGCCCGGAAAACUGGCACGACCAUCGCUGGGGUGGUCUAUAAGGAUGGCAUAGUUCUUGGAGCAGAUACAAGAGCAACUGAAGGGAUGGUUGUUGCUGACAAGAACUGUUCAAAAAUACACUUCAUAUCUCCUAAUAUUUAUUGUUGUGGUGCUGGGACAGCUGCAGACACAGACAUGACAACCCAGCUCAUUUCUUCCAACCUGGAGCUCCACUCCCUCUCCACUGGCCGUCUUCCCAGAGUUGUGACAGCCAAUCGGAUGCUGAAGCAGAUGCUUUUCAGGUAUCAAGGUUACAUUGGUGCAGCCCUAGUUUUAGGGGGAGUAGAUGUUACUGGACCUCACCUCUACAGCAUCUAUCCUCAUGGAUCAACUGAUAAGUUGCCUUAUGUCACCAUGGGUUCUGGCUCCUUGGCAGCAAUGGCUGUAUUUGAAGAUAAGUUUAGGCCAGACAUGGAGGAGGAGGAAGCCAAGAAUCUAGUGAGCGAAGCCAUCGCAGCCGGCAUCUUCAAUGACCUGGGCUCCGGAAGCAACAUUGACCUCUGCGUCAUCAGCAAGAACAAGCUGGAUUUUCUCCGCCCAUACACAGUGCCCAACAAGAAGGGGACCAGGCUUGGCCGGUACAGGUGUGAGAAAGGGACUACUGCAGUCCUCACUGAGAAAAUCACUCCUCUGGAGAUUGAGGUGCUGGAAGAAACAGUCCAAACAAUGGACACUUCCUGAAUGGCAUCAGUGGGUGGCUGGCUGCGGUUCUGGAAGGUGGUGAGCAUUGAGGCCCAGUAAGACACUCAUGUGGCUAGUGUUUGCCGAAUGAAACUCAACUCAAUAAAAAACAAAAACCAAACUGGGCAGCUGA